GAUUCCCAGCGCUGCCAAAAGCAAACAAGCUCCCCUGAUCCUCCCGCCAUUGCUCACGAGCACCGACGCGCCAGCCCCGCCGCUCCCACUGACAAGCAGCCCACGCCUCCAUCGAUUUGCUCUGCUUUCCUCGGCUGCGCAGCUUACACAUGCAUGCUGCCACUACUACGCUUCUCUCUCGCAGAGUCACGAGCCGCACAGUUCACCUCAGUCGUCAGUGAGCUCCACGGCCCGAGGAAGGAAGCAAGCGGCAUCUCUCGGGAACGAACGACGAUGGGGCUGUCUGCCAUCUUCGCCGCGGCCGUGAUGGUCGCGAUCGUCGUGGUGGCGUCGGAGGCGAAGACGACGAUCGAGCCGUGCUCGGGGUCGGACUCCUGCCCGGCGCUGCUGGGCUACACGCUCUACGCCGACAUGAAGGUCUCCGAGGUGGCCGCGCUCUUCGCCACCGACCCGGCCGCGCUCCUCGCCGCCAACGCGCUCGACUUCGCCGCCCCGGGCGCCGCGCACCGCAUCCUGCCCAUGGGCCUCUUCCUCCGCGUGCCCACGCGCUGCGCCUGCGCCGACGGCGUCCGCAAGUCCGUCGCCGUCCGCUACGCCGCGCGCCCCGCCGACACGCUCGCCACCGUCGCCGACGUCGUCUUCGCGGGGCUCGCCUCCGCCGACCAGAUCCGCGGCGCCAACGGCCUCGCCGACGCCGACGCCGACGCGCCGCUCGAUGCGGGCCAGCGGCUCGUCGUGCCGCUCCCCUGCGUCUGCUUCAACUCCACCGACAGCAACCUCCCCGCCGUGUACCUCUCCUACGUGGUGCAGGUCGGGGACACCGUGCCCGCCGUCGCGGCCGCCUACGAGACCACCGUCACGGACGUCAUGAACGUCAACGCCAUGGGCAGCCCCGUCGCCGCGCCGGGCGACAUCCUCGCCAUCCCAUUGCCAGCAUGUGCAUCAUCAUUUCCAAAGACUGCUUCAGACCAUGGACUGCUGGUGGCAAAUGGAACCUAUGCACUUACCGCAGGCAACUGUGUGCAGUGCAGCUGUGGGCCGGGCAAUCUAAAUUUAUAUUGCACACCGGCUUCAUUGUCAGGAUCAUGCCCGAGCACGCAGUGCAGUAACAGCAAUGUGCUGCUCGGCAACGCGAGCACCCACGCCACAAAUGCAGGCUGCAAUGUCUCUUCAUGCAGCUAUGGAGGUUUUGUCAAUGGGACUAUUACAACACUGCUGGACACUGGUCUUCAACCGACAUGCCCAGGACCGCACCAAGUUCCUCUGCUCACAGACCCACCGACGACGGUGAACCGCGACUACUCGACCUCUCUUGCCCCGCUAUCCGCGCCCGUGCCCGCAGAAGCGGGCGGCGUCAUGGCGGAGCCCCCGCCGAAGUCGUCGGAGCACGGAGGGUCCUUCACGCUCCCCAAGGUUUCUCCGACGCAUGGCCCCGCCGGAAGCGUCUCAAAGGCACCACCGCCUCCGAUGAGCAAACCGCAGCGAAUCCUAUCCGGGUUCAUCUUGUGCCUUCUUCUCCAGCACUUCCAUGUGUGAAUCGCACCACUUCAAGAAAUUCUUUUGAGCUGUAUUUUCUGUAACUGUAAACAACUGGUAGUAGUAGCAGCGGUAGUAGUAGUAACAUCAUUUUGCGAGGUAAGUGGACAGUAUGAUGAUGGCCAUGUUUUUCGUAUGCAGCUCCUUGUUCUUUCGAGGGGCAUCAUCACGUUCACGUGUGACUUUAUCUCAUUGAGACGAGAUCUCCCAGUUGUUGUUGUGUGUAAGCAGCAUCUAGUAGGAUAUGUUUUGCGGACGACCACCGGAUAAUGAUCAUGUUUUUGGCAA